AUGCCAGACUUCGCCUCACUAGAGUAUUGGGACAACAGGUUCGAGAAGGACAGCAAGCCCUUCGACUGGCUUGUCCCAGCGACAGCCCUACGAGACGUCACUCAAGAUAUGAUCGAAGCAGAAGCUCUUCAAGAAGCAGAGAUCCUACACAUUGGAGCCGGAACUUCGGACUGCUUCGUCUUACGAGAGCUGGUAUCGAAUCCUGGACAGAUCCAUAACGUGGACUAUGCAGACCCAGCCGUGGCCAUUGGACAGACUCGUGAGCGAGAGCUCCUAACCAAGGAGGACGACAAGGAACAAAAUCGGGACCUUCUGGACAUCAUCGACAACAAGCAUGACAGUGUACAGCAGACUGAACUACCAAAGAGUAUGCGAUGGUCGUGUAUGGAUCUCCUCGACCUGCGGACUACGCUUGAUUUGCACAGAUCGCAAUUACAAGCAGGGAAGUUGUACGAUCUUGUCCUUGACAAGAGUACAAGCGACAGUAUAGGCUGUGGGGCUGACUUGCACUUGAUUCUCCCUUACGCACUAAGCAUCAACGGCUGGACACGACGCCUGCAAGGAUCUGGCACAACGCAACCAGCACACGUCCAUCCAUUACACAUUUUGGCCGUUCACCUAGCAGCUCUGACGACGCCUCGGACUGGACGAUGGCUCGCGAUAUCGUACUCUGAAGAUCGCUUCCCGUUUCUACCGCCAUUCCCACCCACGGCAGGUAAUGGCCUGCUUAGCGACGAUGCGAUCAAGGCCGGCUUCCCUCAUCCACAUCAGCUGUGGCGGCUCGAAACGAAGUCAAGGAUCGAGCUCGAGGAGAAAGAAGAGACUCUCGCUGAGAGGAAGAAGAGGCUUAGUCUGGGCUAUGUGCAUCGCCCGCAGGUCAGUCAUUGGCUUUAUGUCCUCAAGCGGACGGAUGCUCUGGUGACGGCUUGA